AUGGCAGGCGACGAUCUUUUCAUUACAGACCGUGAGGCGAUGGGGGAGAAGGUUGAGAUGUCGCACGAGGAAGUCGUGCACAUUGCAGAGCUGUCACCACACGAGAAAGAACUCGAGAAGAAGUUGCGUAGACGCAUUGAUUCGCUCAUCAUGCCACUGGUCAUUCUCGUCUAUCUGAUGAAUUAUAUUGACCGGAACAACUAUGCAGCAGCAAAGUUGCAAGGCCUAGAACAGGAUCUGGGUCUCACCGGUACGCAGUAUGAGACGGGAUUGUCGGUUCUCUUCGUGGGGUACAUCCUCAUGCAGGUGCCGUCGAACCUGCUCCUCAACUAUAUCGGGCGGCCGUCUCUAUACCUUGGGUGCUUUGUCAUCGCUUGGGGAACCGUGUCGGCUCUGACUAGCCAGGUCAAGAGCUACGGAGGCAUUGUCGCCUGUCGAUUUAUCCUAGGCCUUGUCGAGGCACCAUUUUUCGCGGGCGUUCUCUUUUACCUUUCCAAGUGGUAUACGAGAAAGGAACUCGCACUGCGGAUGAGUAUCUUCUAUUCCGGGUCGCUGCUGAGCGGGGCGUUUGGCAAUCUCAUUGCCGCGGGCAUUCUGCACGGGCUCGCGGGCAAGCGAGGAAUCUCGGCAUGGCAAUGGCUGUACAUCAUCGAGGGCAGCCUGACGGUGACGAUUGGGAUUGUGAUCUGCUUCAUCCUGCCGGACUUCCCACAGACGUGGUCGAUGCUGCCACCGGAGAUGCAGGCGGUGGCGAACCGGCGGCUGGCGAUCGAAGCGGCCGAGGCGGACGUGGACGAAGGAGGGGGCAUGAGCCAGCUGAAGGGAGUGAAGAUGGCAUUUUCCGACAUCAAGACGUACAUCCUGGCGCUGGCGUACAUGGGGAUCACGGGGGCGAGUGGAUUCCAGAACUUCUUCCCGACGCUGACGGAGACGCUGGGCUACAACGAGACGAUCUCGCUGCUACUGGUGGCGCCGCCGUACGUGUUCAUGGUGGUGUACAGCAUGGUGCACUCGCACAUGUCGGAUCGGUUCGGCAACCGGUUCUGGUUCUUCGUGUAUCCGAUCCCGAUCUCGAUCGUGGGUUUUGUGAUCUUCAUGACGACCGACAAGUUUGGGCCGCGCUACUUCUCCUUCUUCCUGAUGAUCUUUGUCUUUGCGCAGAACGGCACGCUGUACUCGUGGAUCUCGAACGCGAUCCCACGCCCGCCGGCCAAACGCGCGGCGGCGUACGCCUUUAUCAACUCGGUGGGCAACUCGGCCAGCAUCUGGACGCCGUACACGUACAACAGCACCGACGCGCCCUACUACCGGCUGGCGCUGGGGGUGUGCAUCGCGCUGCAGACGCUCGGCGCCCUGAUGGCCUGCACCCUAGCGCUGUACAUGCGCCAUCAGAACCAGCAGCUGGCGCGGCUGGAGAACGAAGACGCCGUGCUGACGGCCAAAGACCUGCGCCGCCUGCAGCGCACGGCGGAAGUGGAAGGGAUCGACAUUGCGGCGGCUCGGCGUUUGCAGAAGGGGUUCCGCUAUAUGCUCUAG